UUGAGCUCAACUGGGGGAAAAGUUUGACAACCUUUGCUUAGUCUGUUGUCUAAAGAAAAUAACAAUCUCAAAUAUAUACAGGUUGUAACAGAUUAUUUAGCCAACCAAAUAAAUCAGGUCCGAGUACGACGGUGCGUUCACUUCUUCUUCUUCUUCUCCUUCUCUUGUCCUCGUGUUGACGUAAACAUCGACAGAAUCAGGAAGUCCGGGGAUUUUUUUCUGAGCCAGAAACUUGAAUGGAGAGUAGAUAUGUUGACUUUUAACGACGGUAUACGACGUAUUCCGAUUUUCUUCACCGACUGACGCGUUCAAAUAAGUUAUUGAUGUCGUUCGUUUUGUGAUUACUGUCUUAGAACCGAUCUUAUCCGUCAUUUGUUACCCGGAACACCUGGAUUAUUCACUUUUUGGGUGAGAGGGAUGGAUGUUCCUCAUCUCACUGAGGAAGAAAUGGCAGAGAUUAAAAAAGACGUGCUGACCAGGCUGCGGCACUACCUCUGCGACAAGAUCAGAGCCGAACGCCACCUCGACUACCUGCGCGCCCGCAGGAUUCUCACACGAGACGAUGCGGAGGAAAUUAGCUGCAGGACAACUCAGACGAAGAGGACGGCCAUGAUGUUGGACAUACUGGCAGAAAACCCUCGAGGCUUGGACGCCUUGACUGACUCCAUAAGGGAGAUGCGUUCACAAAACUUCAUCAUUGCCAAAAUCACAGAUGAGGUGCAAAAGGCCAAAAAUGAGAAGAUCGAGUCUCUCAGAGCAGGAGUUAUCAGUUCCUCAUCUGACAGCGGCAUCAGCAGCCCGAGCAAAACCAGUGACCUCCUCAUGUCGUUUUCAAACAACUCCACCAUGCUCUUCCACCCAGACGGAGAACAGAGCUGUUCCACUUCAGGCGCAGCGGCCUCACUCAACCUGCCGUCAUUACAGAGAAGCUGCGACUUGCCUCCCGGAUCUUGCGCUAGCGUCGCCGUUGCUGCCUCCGCUUCUUCCACUUCCUCCAGCCUCCCCAGACCCGGAGACCCAGGAGCUCCCCCGCUGCCCGAUGACGUUAUGGUGGAAUCCCCCUCCAACAUCGACGCAGGAGCGCCAGGAUGCACCAGCACAGGAGGGGACCCAAACUUCCAGCCCCUCCGAUCACGCUCGCUCACGCCAACGUCACAUCGAAGCAUCUUUUAAUUCCACAUCUCAAUGAGACAGUUCGCAUCCAGUUACAGAGUCAAACCAGCACCAUCCACUCGACUAAAGUCUGUACCAUUAGCUCUAUUAUUUACUGUGUUUGGUGCCUUUAAGGUGCCACAUGUAAUGUUCUGUUACUCUUGGAGUUGAAACCAUUGAUUGAUUAAUUGAUAAAAAAAAAAAAAGAAAAAUUGAUUUUAAAUUAGCAACUUUGUAACAAUAUAUUGUUUCACUCAUUUUUUAUCACAAAAAAACAAACAAUAGCUUUUUCCAGUAUCUUACAUGUGAAGAUUUUCUGCUUUUCUUUGUCAUUCAUGGAAGUAAAUUAAGAGACUUUGGGGGUUGGUUAGAGGGAGCACAUUUUGUAUGUCCUAUAGACCAGACUAUUCUCCAUAAAUAAAUAAACAAUUUGUCCCUAAUGAAAAUGAGCAUUUGAUGCUGUCUUAGAAUCAGCUGUUUGACACAUAUUCUAUAAAAGUCAGAUGCCAAUGUGUAGCCUCAGAUUACAAUUGAAGUCAAAAUAAAACCUUAAUUAGCUUUACAAAUAUAUGUCAAUCUCAACAAUUAUAAUUUUCUAUCAACCUUUAUUUUUCUAUUUAACAAAAGAAGCCACAAUUCUCAAAUGUGAAAUAUUGAAUUAUGAAAAAGCAGAUGUUCAUGAGCUUCACAAGAGCUUCUUUUAAAGUUUAAAUUGAAAAAGAAACAGUCUCAUAUAUGAAGAAGAAUUCAUAAUCUGGCACGCAUUCCAUGGCAGUACAAACAUAUAUAAAUUUGUAUCUCUUAAAGUAUUCAGGUUUGAUAUCAACAGUACACAGAUGUGACUUAUCUACUCUUAUUCUUUUCUAGUUGGUGUGAUUUCUUGAUGACCUGUGUCAGGAAAACAUGGCAGCUACAGCUACAGUUACAGGUGCUGUGAUAAAGUCUUCUGCACUGGAAUGUCUACUUGAGCCUUUUUAUGUGUUUAAGAUGCUGCCUCUGUGUGCCUGAGUCAUGUACGUAGCUCUAAGUGAUGAUUUCUGCUUCAUUCCUCUGCAGCUUUAAACCAACAAGAAGUUGCUUUGAUGUUUUUAUCACUACAGAAGUCAUGAAUGAGACAUGAAACCUACUGCAGAGCGGCAUACAAACCCUGUUCUACUUAUCACUGCAUCAGCUUGUCAUGUACGAUUGUCUAUUGCAUACUAAAGGUUUUUUAUGAACUUAAAA